UUUUACUCCAAUCCACUCCCACAUUGGAGAUGCUCUUAGAGUCAUCCAUAUCUGCAACAUCCAAUACAACCAGCUAGAAUCAGCCAUCAGCUGUGGCAUCAGACCGGCGACUUCAACAAAUUCUGGGGCUAUUGCUCUGCUAUGUCUCUAUGAAUGUUGCUCUAAACACAAGAUACGUGAAUUAAAGUUCACAGCGUAUAAGCGUAGGUAAAUGAGACUAAUUGGGUUUCUAGCUACUGAUUCUGAGAAAUGAAGAAGAGUAAUAAUGUGUUGCCGAUCCCAUGAAGGGAAUAUCAUCCAUAGCUGCAAUACCCUCCUCCUCAAUCUUUCUUCUCAGAUUGAUUGGUUGUCCAGAUGGUUCCAGAUGCAGCUAUCGCUAUUCGAAAAUCGCGGCAAAGAAGAGCAAUAACAAACACCAGCGGCAGAAGGGCUCGGAGCCUCCCAGGAUAACAUCGAAUGUGCAACAGAGCAUGCGUUAUUUGAGGUUACUAAAGGAAAUCGAAAGGAGAAGAUCUAAAACUGCAAAACCUGCUACAAGUUAUCGUAAAAAAAGGGAAGAGAAGGAAAAACUUCCAGAAGAUACAGAGCUCUAUAGAGACCCCACUCUCAGUCUGUAUUUGUAAUACUUUCCCCAGCACAAAUCAGGUGCUAGGCACUGCAAUUCCUGUCUUGCUUGUUGAUGGUUAUAAUGUUUGCGGCUUUUGGCCUAAGUUGAAGAAACAUUUCAUGAACGGAAGACUAGACAUUGCUCGGCAAAAACUUAUUGAUGAACUGGUCACAUUUAACUUGAUUAGAGAGGUAAAAGUGGUUGUUGUUUUUGAUGCUAUGAUGUCUCAGAUGCCUGUUCACAAGGAAAGCUUUGCUGGAGUUGAUGUGGUGUAUUCAACUAAAACAUGUGCAGAUGCAUGGAUUGAGAAAGAGGUCGAAGCUUUGAGGGAGGAUGGCUGUCCAAAAGUUUGGGUCGCGACAUCUGAUCAAAUUGAACAACAUGCAGCCUAUGGAGCAGGAGCUUUUAUUUGGAGCUGCAAAGCAUUGAUAUCUGAGAUCAAAGGUGCACAGGAGGAGUUGGAGAGGAUGUUGCAAGAACACAGAUCUACGUCCAUGCAAGGAAAAUUGCUAAAACAUAAUCUUGAUUCAGAUGUUGUAAACGCUCUCAAGGACCUUAGAGACAAGCUUUCUGGACAAGACUCAAGGCUAUGAUAUUUUGUUGUUGUACUCCCUCUGUUUUGCUAAGGUUGACCCAUUUAUUUUUUUGGUCCGUCUCACAGAGUGUCUUAUACCAAUUUUUGUAAAAUUUGUGUGGUUCUAAAUCAUUCUUACUUUAUUCAAUCACAUAAACCCAUUUUUCAUGAUAACUGCAUCACUUCUUAAUGUCCUAAUGUGAGUGAGAUGAUGGUAGGACUUGAUAGUAGCAAAAUUAACCUCCAAUUUGGCUUUUGAAG